CUCAGGGUUUCACAUAUUCAGUAAGGUUCAACAAGAAUCGUCAGUGUCUUUAAAAGUGAGAAAAAUAUUAAACUCGAACUUCACAAUUGCCAAAGUAGUCAUAUACCGUAUGCUUUUUUUAUUUUUUGCAAGUGAAAUCUUGAAGAACGAUCAAAGUCAGCAUACAAAAGAAGGACAUCGCAUUUAUUCUUUUGAACUACUUUAGUGUUGUUGUAUGUGCAAUUGUUUCGUAUUCUGCCAGAGGAAAGAAGCCCCGAACAUUGUUGCAAACCCAGCAGUGACUCUCUAAAACACCUGGAAAAACGAACUUUGUCUUGGAGUUUAACCCAGGGAGUUUUCAGAGGUCAUUCAUCGUGAAGUGUGCAGCAAUGGAAUGGCUGAGAGGGAUUACUCUACUAUGUAUAGUCCAAACAGUUGUCACAAUGGUCAUCCCAAAUUCUACCCACUUGGAGUCUCUGUUGGAAAAGUACAUGGACAAGGAUGAGAAGUGGUGGAUCUCCAAGCAGAGAGGGAAAAGAGCCAUCACUGAGAGUGACAUGCAGGUCAUCCUGGAUCUUCAUAAUAAACUGAGAGGUCAAGUGCAUCCCUCAGCUUCCAAUAUGGAGUACAUGGUAUGGGAUACAGAACUUGAAAGAUCUGCAGAAGCCUGGGCUGAAACCUGUUUGUGGGAGCACGGACCGGCUAGCCUUCUCCCUUCAAUAGGUCAAAACCUAGGAGCUCAUUGGGGAAGGUACCGACCUCCAACCUUUCACAUUCAAGCCUGGUAUGAUGAAGUGAGAGAUUACACAUACCCGUACUCUCAAGAAUGCGACCCAUAUUGCCCCUUCAGAUGCUCUGGGCCAGUCUGUACUCAUUAUACACAGGUAGUAUGGGCAACAAGUAGCCGCAUAGGCUGUGCUAUCAACCUGUGUCACAAUAUGAAUGUCUGGGGACAGAUAUGGCCAAAAGCUAUUUACCUUGUUUGCAAUUAUUCUCCCAAGGGAAACUGGUGGGGCCAUGCUCCCUAUAAGAAUGGACGUCCAUGUUCUGCAUGCCCACCUAGCUAUGGGGGAGGCUGUAGAGAGAAUCUCUGCUAUAAAGAGGAUGGUUCAAGCAGCCACUACUCUCCUCAAGAACCUGAAGAAACCAACGAAAUCGAAAGACAAAGGAUUAAAACAGAAGACUCCAGACCGAGGACUCAUUCCCCGACCUCCUCUACAAGAACGGAAGAACUGGAUAAGAAUGAAGUUAUAAAUACAGAACAGAUGUCUCAGCAAGUUAGUUGUGAAACAAGACUUCGUGACAAAUGUAAAGGAACAACUUGUAACAGAUACGAGUGUCCUGCUGGUUGUUUGGACAGUAAAGCUAAAGUAAUUGGAAGUGUUUAUUUUGAAAUGCAAUCCAGCAUUUGUAGAUCUGCAAUACAUUAUGGAUUGAUAGACAAUGAUGGUGGCUGGUUGGAUGUUACAAGACAAGGAAGAAAGGAUUACUUUAUUAAAUCAAACAAACAUGGAGUACAGUCUAUAGGCAAAUAUCAGUCUGCAAACUCGUUUACAGUGUCGAAAGUACCAGUAAAAGCAGUUACCUGUCAGACAACAGUGGCCCAAAUGUGCCCAUUCCAAAAGCCAGUUACACAUUGUCCAAGAUUAUACUGUCCACGUAACUGCAUGCAGGAGAACCCACUUUUGGCACGUGUAAUUGGAUCACGGAUUUAUUCUGAUAAAUCCAGUGUAUGCAGAACUGCUGUACACGCUGGUGUCAUUCGGAACAAUGUAGGAGGCUACAUUGACGUGAUGCCUGUGGACAAAAGGAAACAAUAUGUUGCUUCAUAUCGGAAUGGCAUAUUCUCAGAAAGGUACCGCCAUAAACUAAUUCAGACAAAGCUUAUUCACAAGUGCUAUUCUCAUGCCUUAAUGUUACCCCACCACAGCUGUUUUGUUAUCUAAAGGUUUAAUUUGGCGUUUAGUAUAGUGCUUUUGUGCUGCGUUUACACUGCCACCUCGGACCUAAGCCAACCCAGGUCCAACUGAUUGCGGAGAUUCUUAUCAUUUUUCACGUAGUGUUUACACUGCUGUUGUGUGCAUAGCAUCUAUAUUACAAUACAUGCUCGAUGACGUCAUAACAACCACUGAAGGGACGACGAGUUUUCCCCUCCCAAAACCACGCAGGCGGAAGAGGCAGAGUGGUAUUACAAACAAACAAUACAGUGUCGUGUUUAUAUUGCGGGACUCAUCUUAAAAAAUAAAUACUUAUCUUGCAGUCUACGAGAAAAAUGGUUAUUCGUUUAGACAGUGUUUGACACAACUUAGCAGCUCCUGACCCAUUUGUUAUGUGAAGGAUUUCACCUUGAGUAAGAUAAGUACAUGUGCUGUUUAUUACUGUAAUAAUA